UUCCGCGGAGAAUAUUUAUUAUUGACGAAAAUUAAGUCAAUAUUAGCAAGUCAAACAAGUAGUACGUUAAAAGGGUUUACAGAAGGAACAUCCCUCUUUCUAUCUCUUUUCUUUCCUCCUUCCUCUAACUCCUAUAUAUAUACCAACACACAAACAAACAUCACCUCUAUCAUUCUCUCCUCCAAAAUUUUCACAUACUUUAAUUUUCUUGAUUAUUACUAUUAUUGCAAUGAAGCCAUCAUCGUUGUCAUCAUCAUACUCAUCGCGUUUGUUAGAAAUAAUGGUGAUAUCCGGUGAGAAUCUUCUUGAUAACCGGAAGCAAUCGGUAAAGAAGAACGCUUUCGUAAAUGUCAAAGCAGAAUUUUCAACAUGCAACAUACAAACAACAAAGAUGGACAAAGAAGGCGGAUGUUUCCCUACGUGGAACGAAAAAUUGAUAGUGGAUAUGCCCAUGCAUGCACGUCAUCUAACGAUGGAGGUUCAAUGCAAGACUUCUUCAGGGAUCAAAACUAUUGGAAUCACAAAAAUUCCAACGUCCGAUUUUAUUGGAGGAUUUUUUCCAGAGGAUUAUUUACAUUUUUUGAGUUAUAGGCUUAGGGAUGAAAAGGGUGAGAAAAACGGAAUAAUUAAUUUUUCCCUUAGGGUUAAGAAUGCGCCGCCGCUGUCUUCUCAAAGUGCGGGUUGUGCUGCUGCAUAUUCGCAGCAGUGGAAGGCGCCGGCGGCGGGUACGGGAAGUACUUAUGGGGUUGUUACGGGUAUACCCGUUUAUCCUGGGAGUCUACCAAACAGUAUUACUGAUGUAAUGGUAAAUUAAUUUUAAUUUUUUUCUUUUAGUACUAUUUGUUUUAAUUGAUUAAAUAGACAUAUUUUGGAAGAAUUUGAUUAC